ACAUUGUUGAAGAUGAGCAUGUUCAGGAGCGUGGGUUACUUGAAACAGUUCAUGUUGCUAAUACGGAUAAUGAAGGAUGGGACUUAAAGAUUCCCGCAAUGUCUCCAAAACUAACCUCUACACCUGGUAACACAAAAUGGGCUGGCCCGAAUUUAGGACAACAUAAUCGAGAAAUUCUAUUUGAUAUAUUAAGAUUGGCCGAAGAUUAUAUUAAAAAAUUGCAGAAGGAAGAAAUCGUUG